GGGAGGGCGUGUCUCGGGUCUGCAACCGAGUGAGCACCAAACAGUGUUUUCGCAUCUUUAUUGUUUGCAUACAAACAAGUUGAGGGGCGUUUCAAGGAGGCAAAUUUUUGCGUCUACAAGUCGGCAGCUUUUUUGGUGAAAUAUAUUCAUAAUUGCAGAAAAUUAAGCAGACAUGGGUCUGGACAAGUUUCAAAUUAUCUUUGACACGCAACCGGCGGUUUUCUAUUCAGGCCAAACCAUGAGUGGCCGAAUCGUGGUCUUCAACAGCAACGAGGACAAAUUCAGAGGAAUCAACGUGAAAAUCUAUGGCGAGUCUUCAGUGAAGUGGAGGUCGUCGCUGAGGCGCAGCUCGGACAAACGGGACGGUUUUUUGAACAACCUGGACAUGCUGCUUUCGAACAAACACAACCGGUCGCGAUACACCUUGCACGAGACCAACGAGGUUUACUUGGAUCACGAGUUCCCCAUAUUCGGCGGCGAGGGGGAGAAGCUGAGUUUGGAGCCGGGCGAGCACUCGUACCCCUUCACGUACACCCUGCCCAAGAAACUGCCGUCGUCGUUCGAGGGCGAGUUGGGCUUCGUCAGGUACACGUUCAAGGCCACCGUGGACAGGCCGUGGAAGACCGACUGCGCCGCCAAGGUCGCCUUCACCGUCAUCAGCCCCAUCGACCUCAACAAGGACCCCAACAUGGCCAGCCCGACGAGUGUGGAGUCGAUUCAAAAGUUCGGCUGCUGCUACUGUUGCUGCGCGUCCGGCGCGGUGAAGGUGUUUGUGUCGGUGCUGACCGGCGGCGUCGUGUCCGGAGACACCCUGCUCGCCACCGUCGACAUCGAAAACACCUCCAGGGUCGCCCUGAGCCGCGUCACCCUCAAAUUCAUAAAGGUGGCGACUUACAAAGUGAAGCGCAGCAGGGGCAAAAAGUGGAACUGCAGCCGCAAGUGCGAAGUGACCAUUGUGGAGAAAAACCUGGGCCGCCUCGAGUCGGGCCAGGCCCACGUUUACCAACGCGAGGCCCUCAAAAUUCCGCCCCUGCCCCCCUCCAACUUGGCCCACUGCAACACCAUCGACUUGGACUACUUUGUCGUGGCGCACAUUUCCCCAUUUGGCGCUCAUCGCAAUUUUGAAGUGCGGGUGCCGAUGGUGGUGGGGACGAUUCCGCUGCAGCAGAACUCGGCCCAGUACGCCCCGGCCCCUCAAAAUCCACCCCUGGGAUGGAACGUUGACCCGUCGGCACCUCCGCCCGAACACAGCAUGCCCAGCAUCUACCCAGAUCUGCCUCAUCCGAGUUUUGAGCAAUCGGCGUUCGGAACGACAAACUUCUUCGACAACUCGGAAAAGAAAAAUGUGUUUGGAGACAAAAACUUCGCUCCGAUGUAUCCUGUGUUCAACACAAAUAAUAUGAUUUAAUUAAUAAUUUUUAUUCAUUUGAAAGGAAGUACUUUGGCCCUUUUUGGGUUGAUAUUCUGAAAUAGAAACGUCACACGCAGAAAUAAAUUUUAUAAAUAAAUUUUAGAGCUCUCUAUUUAAUUUAAAAAAAAUUAUUUAAUAUGCUGAAUAUUUGGGCAGCACCAAUUUAUACUUAUUUUACAACUAAUUUUUUAGCUGACGAACACAUGUUAAGCAGCUGCAAUUUUAGUGACAGACGAUUGUCAAAGAAACAUGAUUUUUUUUAAAUAUAUGUCAAAAUCCUGCCGCAGAAUAACAAAUUUGAUAUUAUACACAAGAACCUCUAUUAGGAAUCAAGUCAAACUAAAGAAAGAUAUUUAAUAAUAUACCUUAAAUUUUCUGCCUUUUAUAUAUUUUAUUGAUAUUGUAAUUAUACAUUUGAAGUGUGACUUCUGCAUUUAAUGUAUUAAAAUAAAGUAAUCUCAACAAUGUUUUUGUAAACGGUCUUGAAAAGAUUGUUUAAGUGCACGAAAAUAGGAAAGAAAAUUAUGCAAAUUGGUGUCUUAGUGCAUUUCGCGCGCCUUUUAAAAGUGUGCCUGCUUUUGCUGUAUUGUCCGGUGCAAAAACCAAAGUUGAUGUAUUUAACAAACACACGCAAGCUGUAAUUAAAAUAAGAAAAAAUUCCCUAUUGGGUGCUGGAGAACUUUGUUGUCAAAUAAUAAAAGGAGAGAAAUAAAAGUUACAAUCUGCUAGAAAUGCG